UUGGUUGUGGCCGGGAGGGUUCAGCAAGUUCCUACUCCAAUUUGACUCGUUCCGAUCAUCGUCACAGUUCAAUCACAACAGGUCGCUGCCUUUUCACGGCGGAGAGAGAGGCGGAGAGAGAGGCGGAUGGGUGCAAACAGUGAGGCCAACCAAGAUGGCUCCGACGAGCAGCAGAAGCGGUCUGAGAUCUAUACCUAUGAGGCGCCAUGGCACAUCUACGCGAUGAACUGGAGCGUCCGGCGAGACAAGAAGUACCGGCUGGCAAUCGCUAGUCUUCUGGAGCAGUAUCCCAACAGGGUGGAGAUUGUCCAGCUUGAUGAUUCCAGCGGCGAGAUCCGGUCCGACCCUAACCUCUCCUUUGAGCAUCCCUAUCCUCCCACCAAGACCAUCUUCAUUCCAGACAAGGAGUGCCAGCGCCCUGAUCUUCUCGCCACUUCCAGCGAUUUUCUCCGCGUAUGGCGCAUCUCAGACGAUCCUUCAUCUGUGGAGCUCAAGAGUCUUCUUAAUGGCAACAAGAACAGCGAGUUUUGUGGCCCUCUAACCUCCUUUGACUGGAACGAUGCUGAGCCAAAGCGCAUCGGGACCUCCAGUAUCGACACGACCUGCACCAUUUGGGAUAUUGAACGCGAGACCGUCGACACGCAACUCAUCGCUCAUGAUAAGGAGGUUUAUGACAUCGCUUGGGGCGGUGUUGGUGUAUUUGCUUCCGUUUCCGCCGAUGGUUCUGUCCGCGUCUUCGAUUUGCGUGACAAGGAGCACUCUACCAUCAUCUACGAGAGUUCUGAGCCUGACACUCCAUUGGUUCGGCUAGGCUGGAACAAGCAGGACCCGAGAUAUAUGGCCACGAUUAUCAUGGACAGCGCCAAGGUUGUCGUGCUUGACAUUCGCUUCCCGACGCUCCCCGUCGUCGAGUUACAGAGGCACCAAGCUAGUGCGAACGCCAUUGCAUGGGCGCCUCAUAGUUCUUGCCACAUUUGCACUGCAGGGGAUGAUUCUCAGGCCUUGAUUUGGGAUUUGUCGUCCAUGGGCCAACCAGUCGAAGGUGGCCUCGAUCCCAUUCUUGCCUACACCGCUGGAGCAGAAAUCGAGCAGCUGCAAUGGUCCUCUUCCCAACCGGACUGGGUUGCGAUUGCCUUUUCCACUAAGCUUCAGAUUCUGAGGGUAUGAUCCAUCAACACCUAGCUUUGGUUCUUCACCUACACAGAUAGUCAUGUCUGAGAACCAUCAUAUGUAACUAUGUUCUUGAAACUUGAUUCAACACUCGAAUUUAGAUUUAUCCUUCAUAGUGAUUUCUAUAUUGAUGUUUUUUCUGAUGAAUAUUAUCGAACACUUAUGAAGUAUGAAUACUUUGUGCAUUUCUCUCAA